AUGUUCAAUUCGUAUCAAGCGACUGGAAUGGGUUACAACCCGAACCAGCAACAACAACAACCACCACCACCCCAACAACAACAACAAUUGUACUCUCAACCUACUGCGUUCGGACAGCCCAACUUGUAUGGCUCCAAUAUGCAACAGGGCUAUAUUCAAACACAGCCAACUGGGUUUGCAGGUGCGCCAACAGUGAUUGAGAACAAUGAAUUGAAGAUCCCAAGUAUCCGUUUAUCCUUUAUCACAGCAGAGGAUCAAAAGAAGUUUGAACACUUGUUCAGAUCAGCAGUGCCUCGAGGCGAGCAGUCAAUGUCCGGAGAUACAGCAAGUAAUAUACUUUUGAGAUCAGGAUUGACUCCCGUCGUUUUGGCAGAGAUCUGGACACUAUCAGAUAUUGACAAGACUGGCGCAUUACUUUUCCCAGAGUUUGCAUUGAGCUUGCACUUGUGUAAUAUGGCCAAGAGAGGCGAGCCACUUCCCGGAGUACUACCACAGAAAUGGCACAAUGAAGUGCAAAGCUUCAUCGAUGCAAUCAACUUUAGCAUUCCAGACGAUCCAAAUAAGAUUCUUGCCAAUACUCCAUUUGCAAAGAAGGAUGAUUGGCUUUCAAAUGUGGGCCAACCUCAAAGUAAUUGGAUGGCUCCGCAAGGUACUGGGUAUCCGCAAACGAGUUUUCUUCAAAACCAGGCUACAGGCUUUGCACAACAACCAACUGGGUUUGGACAGCAAGCUACUGGGUUUGGACAGCAAGCUACUGGGUUUGGACAACAAUCCAGUUGGUUAGCACCACAAGCCACGGGCUUUAAUAAUUCUGCCCCACCACCUUCAACUUCUUUUGGAGGAACCGGGACUGGAAUUGUAGCAGGAGCAGGAGCAGGAGCCAGUGCUGCACCUACUGGUGGUUUUGUUCCCUUACAGCCACAGCAAACUGCAGGGUUGAUUCAAAAACCGGCUGGUCUUCAACCUCAAUCCACUGGGUUUAUGGCACCUCAACGUACUGGCGGAUUAGCACCGCAAGCUACUGGAUUAGCACCACAAGCUACAGGUUUGCAAGCCCAACGUACAGGAGGAUUUGGUGUACCACAGCAAGCCACAGGAUAUCAACAAAGUUUCAAUACCGGUGGGUUGCAAGCCAAUAAGACAGGACCUUUGCAACCUAAUCAUACUGGAUACAACUUCCAGCAACAACAACAACAACAGCAACAGGCUACAGGUUUACAACGUCAACCCACAGGAGUGUUGCAGCAACAACCAACUGGGUAUUUGCAACAACAACCUACUGGUUAUUUGCAAUCGCAACCAACCGGUAGACCUGGAGAAUGGGGAUUUGUUAGUAUGCCUACAGGUGGUAUGCCUGGUUUGAAUUCUAUGCAACAAGUGUUUCAGCCUAAUAACACCCAAACGUAUCAGGAUCUCCAUAAAGUCAUGAAUGACAACUCAGCGUCCAAUGUUACUUGGGCCAUUUCGAAACAGGAGAAGCAAAUCUAUGAUAGACUUUUCCAAGCAUGGGAUACCGGUAGAAACGGAUAUGUCGAUUCUAAUGUUGCAUUAAAUGUAUUCACCAAGUCUGGCUUGGGUAGACAAGAUUUGGAGGCUAUUUGGACAUUGGCUGAUACCGACGAUGUUGGUAAAUUAAACAAGAACCAAUUUGCCGUUGCAAUGCACUUGAUUUACAGACGUUUGAAUGGGUUAGAGAUUCCAUUGAGAUUACCUCCGGAGUUGAUUCCACCUGCAGACAAGACAUUAAAGGAUACGAUGGAUAGUUUGAAAAACUCUUUAAAGAAUGGAGGCGCAAAGCAAACGAGAUCAAAGCCAAUGACUAAACCCGACGGAAGUAGAUUCAAGAACGAUGAUAGCGACUUUGGAUACGUCUCGAGCUCGCGUUACAAAAAGAAGUCAGAGGAAGAAAAGCAAGCAAAUGCAAGAACAUCAAAGGACUUUGGACUUAGUAUUGAUGAUAUGAAGAAAUUGAUUCGCGAAAAGAAAAUCUUGAUUGAUGCAAUGGACGUCGAAGAUGAAGAUAGACAACGUACUAGUGACCGCGAAGUUGAUGCAUUAAAGAGCAAGAUCUACGAACUCCAAAAGAAAUUAUCUGGAAGCAGCAACAAUGGUGGUAACAGCAAGGAAGCGUUGUUGGCCAAGUUGGAGCGCACAGGCAAGAGAAUUCCAAGUCUCUUGCAGCAAUUGAAUCAAGUGAACCAGGAGAUUUCAGAAAAGAGUGUCGAGUUGGUGAAACUCCAAUUGAAGCGCGAAGAUCCUUCUUGGGAUGAAGCUAAAGUAGACGUUUCUGGAGCCGGGGGUAAAUUCGAUUUGAAGCAAAAGAUGGCAAUGUUGACUGGGAAAGGAGGUAGUGCGAUGGCUGACAGCAAGUAUCGUGAUGCUGUAGAAAAGUCCAAGUCUGACUUGAAAAACCAAUCAGAUAUGGUUAAGGAUAUUGAGUCAGGAAUUAGGUCCUUAGAGGAUGAUUGCAGUGCCAAGUUGAGAACCACUGCUAAGAAUGCAGUAGGAUAUGAGAAAUGGGAAAAUGGGUUUGGCGUGUCCAAAGCAGUUGCUGAUUUUGUCAAGGAAUUGAACAAAUUAAAAGCUGAUGCUCAACCAGAGUUUGCGAGGUCAGCAGACAAUACCACCACAGCCAGAUCGAGCUCUGCUUAUGCUCAGCAGGUACCACCUGCUGCAUCAAGGACCUUUUCUGCUCAAGAGACAAAUGCAAGUCCAGGUGCAGUCACAAGUACAGGUACUGGCGGAAGUGGCAGCGGCAGUGGCAGUGCCACAUACUCUACACCAGAGGAAAGAGCUGCUUACAUAAAAGCAGAAGCCGCAAAGAGGAUGGCGUCAAGACUUGAGAAAUUGGGUAUUAGUCGUACAAAGCGUGCUCCCAAGGCUGCUGAGAAACACGACGAAAUUGUUUCCAAACCAUCUCCAUCAAGGGAAGAGCCACCAAGGCUUUCUGGUGAAGCUGCAAUUGCAAACCCAGUGGAACGAGCACCAAGUGCGGAUAAAACUCCAGUGAAUACAGCACAUGCAGAAUCUCAUGCACAAACCACAUCGUCAAAUAGGGCUCCAGAAGCUAAACCUGAACAAGUUUCAGUUCCCGUUGAGUCUCAAAGAGAAAACUUUAGAGAGAAUAAAUGGGAUGAAGAAAAACAAUAUAGACCUUCCCAAACCAACAACAAUGACAAUAACAACAUUUCAAGUACCCAUCAAAGUCAAGAACACAUUGUAAAAGAAAAUGCAAAGAACGUUGAAUCUGCUCCACAAGCUCCUACUUCAAAUUACUCACAGCAACCUCCUGCAUUUGGAGGCGCUUUCCAGUCAGAGUCAAGUAGAGCAACUGAAACAGAGCAAGCAGAGUCUAAAAAGGAAUCCGAAACAACUCCCGUGGUUCCUCCAGCACCCGCAGCGGCAUCAACUGAACCGGCACAACCGGCCCAACCGGCUCAAGCAUCUCAGGCAUCUAAACCAGCUCAACCAGCUCAACCAGCUAAUUCAACUGAGCCAGCUUCUGCUUCUGCAUCCGAGCAACCAGCUGUUCGUAGACACGAAAACAAUCCGUUCUUUAAAAACAAGUUUCAGCCAGUUGAUACGCAGAAGAUUAGUAUGCAAAGAAAUUUUCAAAGAGGUACGUCAAAUGACAAUAGCUGGAGUGAUUCCGAAGAAGAGGACUCAGAGGAUGAGGCUCCUAAUAGAGCAGGUGCAGCACAACUUGCCAAUCUCUUGUUUGGAAGUAUGUCUAGUCAACCAACUGGUAAUGCUGCAUUUGCCAAAUCAGCUGCACAAGAACCAUCGAAAGAUGAAAAGAGCAUUGGUGCUGAGAAUGCUAGUGGACAUGAAUCUAAAAUGAAUGCAGAACUAUCAAGCAGCGAAAAUACUGCAGCCGGUGUUUCUCAAGUAAACGAGACCCCAGCACAAAGUAGCUACGAGGAACCCUCUUUGCAGGAGCAGUCAAGCUAUGAGAGCAAUGCAGUCCCUGCAGCACCCUCACUUCCAGAGAGUGUUCCACCACCAGCACCAGCACCUGAAGCACCUUCACUUCCACAAAGCGUUCCUCCACCUCCACCAAUUCCAUCUGAAUAUUCUGCACCACCGGCACCUUCACUUCCAAGAGAUGUUCCACCAGCACCUGAAGCACCUUCACUUCCACAAAGCAUUCCUCCACCACCACCAGUUCCAUCUGAAUAUUCUGCACCCCCAGCACCCCCAGCACCUCCGGCACCUUCACUUCCACAAAGCAUUCCUCCACCUCCACCAGUUCCAUCUGAAUAUUCUGCACCCCCAGCACCCCCAGCACCACCAGCACCACCAGCACCUCCGGCACCUUCACUUCCAUCGAGCAUUCCUCCUCCACCUCCUGCACCACCGCUGUCCUCAAAUGAUUCGUCACUGGCAUCUGCCGCAGCACCGCCAGCAGGAGGAGCACCAAACAUUGGAGCUUUGCUUGGCCAAAUCACAGGCGGUAAAAGCUUAAAGAAAGUAGAGACAAAGGUGUCAAGUGGAGCCACUGUUGGAAGAGUUCUUUAG